GAUUUAAAUAUAUAUACUGAAGUUGCCUCUAUCAAAAAAUAAGAAACUCGUUUUGGGUGGUAUUCCCUCUUUUUAUUCUCUUUUUUUUAUUUUUUUAAUAGAAUCUAUAUUUACAGGGAUUUUUUAAUUUAAAAGCCUUUAUCCUUAAUUUUCUCCGUUAAAGUAUUACACCUUCAUUCGUUGAAAACUCUAUCUUUUCUUAAUUAAUAUGCCUCAAAACUUUUUGUUUACCUCUGAAUCCGUUGGUGAAGGUCACCCUGACAAGAUCUGCGAUCAAAUUUCUGAUGCCAUCUUGGAUGCUUGCUUGAAAGACGAUCCACUUUCCAAAGUUGCAUGUGAAACUGCUGCUAAGACUGGUAUGAUUAUGGUUUUUGGUGAAAUUACCACCCGCUCCCAAGUCGACUAUCAAAAAAUCAUUCGUGACACUAUCAAGACUAUUGGUUAUGACAGCUCUGAGAAGGGUUUCGAUCACAAAACUUGCAAUGUUCUUGUUGCCAUUGAGCAACAAUCCCCUGAUAUUGCUCAAGGUCUCCACUACGAAAAGGCAUUAGAAGAACUUGGUGCUGGUGACCAAGGUAUUAUGUUUGGUUAUGCUUCCGACGAGACUUCUGAAUUGCUCCCCUUGACCAUUCUUCUUGCUCACCGCCUUAACGCCGCUAUGUCCAAGGCUCGUCGUGACGGUACCCUUCCUUGGUUGCGCCCUGACACCAAGACACAAGUCACCAUCGAAUACGAAGAACAGAAUGGUGCUGUUGUUCCUAAGCGUGUUGACACCAUUGUUGUUUCUGCUCAACAUGCUGAGGAGAUUUCUACCGAAGAUUUGCGUUCCGAGAUUUUGAACAAGAUUGUUAAGACUACUGUCCCUAGUCAUUUGUUGGAUGCUCAAACUGUUUAUCAUAUUCAGCCCUCUGGCCGUUUCGUUGUCGGCGGUCCUCAAGGUGAUGCUGGUCUUACCGGAAGAAAGAUUAUCGUUGAUACCUACGGUGGCUGGGGUGCCCACGGUGGUGGUGCCUUUUCCGGUAAGGACUACUCUAAGGUUGAUCGCUCAGCUGCUUAUGCUGCUCGCUGGAUCGCUAAAUCUUUGGUUGCCGCUGGUUUGGCCCGCCGUUGCUUGGUCCAAUUGUCCUAUGCUAUCGGUGUUGCUGAGCCCCUUUCCAUUUUUGUGAAUACUUACGGUACCUCCUCCAAGUCCUCUGCAGAACUCGUAGAAAUUAUCCGCAAAAACUUUGACCUCCGCCCUGGUGUUUUGGUUAGGAGUCUUCGCUUGCAAACCCCCUUCUAUCUUUCCACAGCUUCUUAUGGUCAUUUUACCGACCAAUCUAAGCCUUGGGAACAACCCCUUAAACUUAAUUACUAAACGAAUUUGUUGAACAUAUUUUUAAGCUAGACAUCUGUCGUUUUGUUAUGUUUGCCUAAUCUUACCCCAUUAAUUCCUUAAAACCUAGAACAAAUAUUUGUCGGCUCAGGAAGUCGCAUCUAUGAACAACGAGUUAACAAUAAUACCCUUUUUUGUGAUUGGCAUGUAUUCUAUCAAAAUCCUGAUCGUGUUUGACAUUUGAAGAAUCUAAUUCACAGCAUGACAUUCAGGUAGGCACAAAUUCAACCUUUGUGUCUAUGGCUCCAUCUCGAGGUUGACGAGGCACUUUACCCUUUAGUUCUUGGUUGAAUUCUCUUUUAUUUCGUUGUAUCUCUUUUGGUUAGUUGUUUUGGUAAUGUGCUUUUGAGACUUUUCUAUGAUAGUUGUAUUCGUUGUACCUGCUUUCAACUAGUAGGCCACCUUCGUUCUAAAUUAAUCAUUUCAAUAAUUAUCAUACUAUUAUAGUUUGUCAAGAAAGGUUUCCUUGAGG